CGCUUUUUGUGCAGUAGGGGAGCUCGCGAAUAGGAAUCUUAACCAUCCUGGCUUGUGACGGCUAGGAUGAUCUGUAGCUCCAUGCAGGCAGCUUGCUCCGUGUCUGGUGUAGGUGUACUAGUACCGAUCACAGGCGACUGUGACGAUUUGAUCUACCCCAGCUGAAUAUCCCCAUGAGCAGGAGGCAGUGUGCGCUGCAGAAGCCGAGCUUGUGAUAUCGUGAGCUCAGUCUUAGCCUCACCUUCAGACUGCAGAGGCUAAUCUGUGAAUAUGACGAAGGAAACUGGCCCAGAUUCAGAGCCGAAGAAUGCGCAGGAGAUGCCUGUGCAGCAGCAGCAGCAACAGCAGCAGGUUACAGCAGCAACAGCGACCCUGGCAACCCAGGAAGUAGUUUCUGAUGAACAGCCAGUGGCUGAAGCUAAUGCCAAGAAACCAGAACAGGCCAUUGACAAGGAAGAGAAGGAAUCUGGAGAAACAGAUGCUACAUCUGAAAGGACAACUCCCAGUAAAACACAGAAAUCACCGCAGAAAUCUACGAAGAAGCCAAAGACCAUCCUUGCUAAAGUUGCCCUGCUGGAUGGGAUAGACUAUGACUGUGACGUGGAGGUGGACCAUGGCACUUUGCUUUCACUGUGAAAUUUUACCCUCCAGACCCUGCACAGCUGUCUGAGGAUAUUACAAGGUAUUAUCUGUGUCUGCAGUUACGGGAUGAUAUUAUAACAGGUCGCUUACCAUGCUCUUUUGUUACUCAUGCUUUGCUGGGGUCCUACACAGUGCAGGCCGAGCUAGGUGAUUUUGAUUCCGAUGAGCACUCAUCUAACUAUGUCAGCGAUUUUAGAUUUGCACCAAAUCAGACCAAAGAGCUUGAGGAGAGAGUCAUGGAACUGCACAAAACCUACAGGGGUAUGACGCCAGCCGAAGCAGAAAUGCAUUUCUUGGAAAAUGCAAAGAAGCUGUCAAUGUACGGAGUGGACUUGCACCAUGCAAAGGACUCUGAAGGAAUUGAGAUUAUGCUAGGUGUGUGUGCAAAUGGAUUGUUGAUAUACAGAGACAGACUGAGAAUAAACCGCUUUGCCUGGCCCAAGAUCCUGAAGAUCUCAUAUAAAAGGAGCAAUUUUUACAUAAAGAUCCGUCCUGGAGAGUACGAACAAUUUGAAAGUACAAUUGGCUUCAAACUACCGAACCACAGAGCUGCAAAACGACUCUGGAAGGUGUGCAUUGAGCACCAUACAUUCUUCAGACUUAUGUCACCUGAACCUCCUCCAAAAGGGUUCCUGGUUAUGGGGUCCAAGUUCCGGUACAGUGGUCGUACUCAAGCUCAGACUAGGGAAGCCAGUUCCCUCAUAGAUCGUCCAGCACCCCACUUUGAGCGGUCAUCAAGCAAAAGAUACACAUUAUCAAGGAGUAUGGAUGGAGAUUUUUCACAGCCUUCUUCAAUGGGAGAGAACCACACUGCAAUGUCAGAGAAGGAGCAGAACCAGACUGCUGCAGAGGAGAAGCCUUGGAAAGAAUCAGAGGUGGAUGAAGAGGAGGAGGAGGUCACAACGCCCACAAAAAUUAAGGAAUUAAAGACGGAACAGGAAACAACACCAAGGCACAAACAGGAGUUCUUAGACAAGUCAGAAGACAUGUUGUUGAAACAUCAGGCAAGUAUCAAUGAAUUAAAGAGAGCACUGAAGGAACCCAACAGCAAGCUGGUUCACAGAGAAAAGAGGCUGCCUUCGUCACCUGCAUCUUCAUCACCAAAGUAUGAAGAGACUCCGAAAGGUACCCCAGAAAAGACCAAGGCCAAGGAGGAAGACAUCGCGGAUGACUCAGCAUUUGAGACAACUACAGGCCUGUCUCUGGAGGUUUCUGCACUGAAGAGUCCUGCUUCUUCCCCUGAGGGUUCUGAUGAAUGGGUUUUUGUAGAAAAAGAAAACACUAGGCUAGAAGAACUAGUUUUAGAUGAAAUAAAGAUGGGAAAAGAAUUCAGGGAUGAAGAUGCUUGUGGACGACAUUUUGAAAUGCAUAAAUUCAUAGUUUCUCCAGUAACAGAAAAUGCAGAGCAGCAAAGCUAUUCUGAAACCUCUAAAGAUGAUUCUGGGCAUGAACUGUACACACUUACAGAAGCAAACCUAAAGAUACAUACUGAAGACAAAUCAGACGAGAAGGAAAAAGAUGAUUUGACCUGCAGCAAGCCUGAGACCGAUUCAGAGGAGGAAAAACAUAAAGCAAAAUUUGUUGUUGAAGAAGAGAACACAGAUGCUGGACAUCAAGAGUUUGUCAGGGAUUCUUCUGUGAAAUCAGUUGUUUCCCUGAUGAUAAAUACAGAACAGGAAGAACUCUAUGAAGAAAUUAUGGAUGAGACAGAGUCAGCAGCAUCAGUUAAUAUUAAUGAAAGGAAAAAGAGCAAGUCUUUGGAUCCCACUGUGCAACGCGACAAGAUAAAGGCUGAAUUGCCUGGCAGAGAAGCAGAUGCUUCCUUGAAUGACACUGUAGAAGAAACAAAGUUAUACUCCUCAUCAGAAAAAACAGAGCCACAUCACAUGUUACCUGUGAAAGGUAAAGAGCAUUUCCAAGUAGUCAGCGAGCAUUUACAAACUGAAGAAACCACUUUAUACACUUCUAGUGUUAAGGAAAUACACUGUGUUAUGAUAGAAGAGGAUUUUGUACAACGUACAGAUGUACGCGAGGAGGCCUCUGAAGAAAAAAAGGUGGAACUGGAAUUAAAGAAGAUAGAAGCUACACUAGGAACAAAGAGAAUGGAAAUGAGUGCCGAAACAUCAGACAAAUCGAAGUCGCAUUCCAGAGAGAUGAUGUCUUGUUUUCCAAAGGACAAGGAAGAUGAGUUUAAACAAGGGUUUUCAGGUGCUGGUAGAGAAGAAGAUAUGGAGGAUCCUACAGCAGUGAAGAAAGAUGAAACUGAACUAUUGCUCCUUGAAGCAAAAAAUGCAGAACAGUUAUCGCCAGACACAAUAUUUAAUAAAAAGCAUGAUCUAUUGAAGGCUGAAGGUCAGGAAGGAUCACCUAGAGUUACUGCCAAAGGUGAAAGUGAGGCCUCUGUUCAAAAAUGCACAACUUUAGUUCGAGACACAGAGAGGAAAAACUAUGGUACAUGCUUUCCUGCUGCAUACACAGAACACAAAUCUAAUUUCAGUAUUGUAGGCAAAUAUUCUGACCGUUCUCUGUUUAAAGAAACCAAAAUAAUUAUAUUAGGACCUUCCAGAGAUGAAGAUUUUCUGGUUCCGUAUCCCAGAGGGCAGAAAAAAACUGAAUCAGCUGUUCAUGAGUCAGAUGCUCGAAUACAAAAGCCAUUGGACCAAAAAGAAAAAGAUUCUUUAGAGUUGUCCAUUGCAGAAGUAAAGGCAGACAUCACCAGACAUAAACUUCUAGAUGGCAGUGAUAAUGAACAAACAGCACCUCAUUUUACAGAAGAUGAUACACACAAAGGUAUGUCAGAACACCCAACAGAACAUCAGGGCAUUUCUGCAAUCCAGAGAAAAGAAACUAGGGUUGAGACAGGAAAAUAUGUAGGAAAACUCAGCACAGAAUAUCUUUGCAGAGACUCAAAGGUACAGUCUUUACCAGGAAAACAAGCAGAGGACAAAGACAAAGGUACUGAAGGUAAUUAUGGCUGUACAAGGCUUAUAUCCAUAUCAAAUGAGGAGGAAACUAAUGUAUAUCCUUCUGAUGAAAAAGCAGUGCAAUCCUCACAACAGGAAAGUAUUCAUACAAAGAGUGGCAACACUGGCUGUGUCUUACAAGAUUCUAAGGCAGGCUAUUUAGAGAUGAGUUCUUCUUCUGCAGCCCAUGAUGACAAAUACUCAAAGCAUUCAGCGCUGAAAGGUGACUUGGCCAUUGGUGAACUAGCUAAACAAUCUUCAUUGAUAUUUGCUGAAGAAAUGAGUGGGAAGAGAGUUGAAAAGGAUACAAACAAUGUCCAAGUAGUGAGCAAAAUAAAGCUGCCAUCCAGUUCUGGCAAUGGUUCAACACCUCAGCUUAAAGAAAAAGUGGAACUUCAGAAAAGCAGUGAUCCUGAGGAACACCCUCCCACAUUAAAAUCUGCAAAAGAUUUGGGAAAAUCAUACUUGCAUAGCAAAGAUACUAGAUGCUUUGCAGCAAUGAAAUUGUCACCAGAACUGUCAAAAGUAAUAAGCAGGAAAGAAGAUUCCCAAGGGGCAGUGCACAAGAAAAGCCACGAAAAGAAAGAGCUACAAGCCGCUGCACAUUCCUCAUCUGAUGCUGAGAAUAAACCUGCUAUUCAAGAGGCACAUUUAGAAGAGCAGGAUCUUCCACGGUUACCCCAAAAGUCUACCCACAAAGAAGAGACUUUAAUGGACGUUGAGAUCCUGGCUUCUACCCAGAAAAUUGAAGGGAUGGAAUUUUCUGAAAGGGACAAAUCUAAGUUCCAACAUGAAGGUGAAGAUGAUACCGAUGAGCAUGACAAAGACAUGGCAUAUCUUAAGGAUACCCAUUUAGCUAUAGAACGUAAAUGUUCUAGCAUAACCGUAAGUUCUACAUCCAGUUUAGAAGCAGAGGUGGACUUCACAGUUAUAGGGGACUACCAUUACAGCAUUGCUAUGGAGGACUUUUCGAAAGGCUUAUCAGAGCUGGAUAGAAGUACAGACAAAGCAGAAAAGGAGACCGUGCCAGAAAAUGGUCACUCUGCAGCACUGGCAUUUGAAAGACCAGCCACUGUUCAAGAAAUGGAAGAUGGACACCAAGAAAGCUUUGGCAGCCAUAUUGUAAAGCAGAAUGAAAGAAAAACAUCUUCUGAGCAACCUGUGGCAGAAGCCAAAAGUAUUAUCAUCAGCCAGGCUUCCCCAGAGAAGACAGGCUCACCAUCCAAGGCUGCUCCUCCUUCGACAACCAAAGUGACUCCUGAGAAAAAAGCAGAUGCUCCUGACAAAGAAUCUGUGGAGGUUGGCAUCAAGGAAGAACCUGCAACUAAAGUGACUCCUGAGAAAAAAGAAGAGGCCCCAAGCACAGAGUCCAUGGUCGAUAGCAAGACGGAACCUACAGAUAUUUCACAAGUACCACCUCUGCAGACCGAAAGUGCUGUGAGUAAGGAAUCUCCAGAGAAAAAGACGGAAGUUUCUGUGAAAGUGGCUCCUGCAGUGCCUGCUAAAACCACUCCUGAAAAAAGGAGAGAGGAUCCUUCCAAGAGAGAUUCUGAUGCUAUGGAUGCCAGGAAAGAAGCUGUGCUGGUAUCGCAGGUUCACAGCAGUGGCGGUGGAAAAGAAGUAAUAACCAUUCACGAGACCAUUACCACAGAAACUGUAUCCAUGUCUUCUACCGUAAAAGGAGGAUUUUCUGAAACACGGAUAGAGAAAAGAAUAAUCAUUACAGGAGAUGAAGAUGUUGAUCAAGACCAGGCACUGGCACUAGCAAUUAAGGAGGCAAGACAGCAGCAUCCAGACAUGCUGGUAACCAAAGCAGUGGUUUGCAUGGAAACAGAGUCCCCAACUAAAGACAAGAAAUUUCAGGACUCAUGACCCUAGAGAGUGAAAGAACACAGCUCUUCAAAAACCACUUCAAAACUAGCCAGAGGAGCCUUACUGCUGGAUUUGUUAGUAACAUACAGAGGUGAACUGCACUGUUACUUCACAUCACGGAAACGAAAGAACACAAGUUUUAAAAAAUCGCAUUCUUGCACUGCUGCUAUGCUGAAAACCACCUACAGAGGUCACUGUAGACAAACAGAAAUACCAGUGACAAGCAUAUCUGUGCAUGUUUAGCAUAAAGGCAACAACAGAGCAUUGGUGAUAUGAACAUUCUUGGAGAGUGAAUGAGACAGCUUUGCAGCCAAGCAAAAUCAAAACAGGAAGUACAGGACAUUACAGAAAGUGAAGAAGGUGUGGCAUUUAAUGAUUCGGACCUGCAGUGAAUGCUACUUAUGCCUCUUUUAUUUGCCUUUUUUAUUUUUUCUUGACCUGCAAAUGGUUAAAAAUAAGUAUAUAUAAAUGCUUUUUGAGGUUAUAGUUUUAUCAUGAAUGCACCCUUCUGGGUUCAACUUGGAUGUGCUUUAAGUUAUAUAAAAUAUAUUAAAUAUUAUUAAUUAAAAGUAAGUAAAUUCUGGUACUAUGAUGGCAUUUUUAAAUUAUGACAUUUGGAUAAUUGUAGCUUGUGUACUAUGAAGAAAAAAAAUGGACCAAGAGGAUUCUUAAAAUAUUCAGUAUUGGGACCAGAGUGCCGAGCUGUAUUGAAGAAGACAUUGUUGUCCAAAUCUGUAAAAGGCAGCUGUUUGUCUCAUACAAAAAUAUUACAUUCACUCAUGGUGUCUGCAUAUAAAAAGAUAAUACAGUUUUAAUAAUGGCACAGGAAAACAGCAAUGGUUUGCAAACAGUGACACAGUUCUUCGCCUUGUUCAGCUUUUGCAUUCCAUAUGACAGAAUUAACAGAUGCGUUGCAGAAUUAACUUAGUAGAUUAGUGGCCCAUAGCUUCACUUCCACAGAUUAAUGAUGGCAGUAUGGUGCCUAAAUACAGUGCCAUGGGAUAGCACUUGUGGAACUAUCUGUAUUUUAAUUAUUUUAUCUUUCUUUUUUUUUUACCCUUCAUUUCCUAGCAGGACUUCUCUUUCAUUUACACUUUUUUUACUCUUUUUGUCUUAGCUGCUAGUGAAUGAAAGCAGCAGAUGUGAUGCUGAUAAAUUUAUAGAUUAAAACAUUAAGGGACUUUUUUUAUUGACCACAGCAUAGUACACUCACAAGCUAAUAUACUUAAAGAUGAGCUGAUUUUCCAUAUUUUAAGCUUUGUAAAGUUAAUAGGCCAGAACCUAGCUUAAAAAAAGUCUUGGGUUCUGAAGUUCUUAAUGAGUGGCAAUGCAUCAUUAUGAAAUUCAAACAAGAUUCCUGCCUUGAAGAUUAUAUGGUAUUAGCUUAGAAACAGUCAAUAUUAUAGUAAAACAAACCUUUUAGUGAUCCUGAAAAGUCAUAAAAAGAGAGAAAAGCUGGAGAAUAUCUAAACAUCAAAGGCACUGCAUUCCUUUUCUGCCCACACUUGGGCAUGUAUAUCAUGUGGUGGCAGCCCAUUAGAAUCUGGCCAUUGACUUUAGGGGAGGAGGGCUGACAUUGCCCAUAAUAAAAAUAUAUGAAGCAUCACAAUUUGUCCAGGAUAUGUCUGGAAGGGAGAAAUACAAGGUGGGAAAAAUCUGGUACUGAAGUGUCACUAAACAUGAGAGAGAGUGAAAGUAUGAAGCGUCAUGGCUACGUCUUCAUCUUCAUCCUCAUGGGGCACUCAGUGUCGGAGUUGUAAAUUCGGAGCAAUAAGUACAUCAUUAGAUGCUGCUUAAAUCCUCCCUCUGCACAGUAAAAUCUUUGAAAGCAUUGCAUCUUAACAUUCUCAACAACAAAUCCCUUGCUAUAAAUAAAAAUGAAUGUAUCGAAAAAUUUUCAUAAAUCACUGUACCUGAGGAGAAUUAUGGUACAAAAUUAAUUUCUUCAAGCUUUAGUAGAGAAGGAAAUCAUGACAGUAUCUUACAGGAUCGGUAAUAUGAUGUAGAUAAAUGAUGACAUCAUUUGUAUUAACGUUUAACAGUCAUGGACAGUUUAAUGGCAUCCAUUGUCUACUCUCACUACAAACUAGAUAGCAAGAGAGAAAUAUGUCAGGAGGUCACACCUUUGAUCACUGAAGUAAAUAUUGUGAAAGAGUUUCUGUUUAGGAUUGGGAGAGAACUUUUUAAAUCGUAAAGAAAUUUGAGAAGUUACAUUUUUUGUUAAAUCAAGACAAAUUUUCAGUUGUAAUCAUUAAGCUCAUUGUAUAUGCACCACAGAUAUUUAUUUACUCUUUCUGAAAAAAGGGUACAUGAUUAUUAAUCUAUGAACUUUUAUAGGUCUUAAAAAAUACAUCAAACCAAACCAUUCUCUUGUUUUGUAUUGUGCAGGCACAUUACCCAAAAAGUCCAUUUACUGUGACAUUUACUUUCUAGAAGACUUCCAUUACAGUGAGUAAACUGCUGUAGAUUCUUCUUUAUAAGAAUCAAUUUAGUUUUGCUUACAAGUUACCAUUAAAUCAUGAUUCCAGUUUACAGUAAUGUUCCUUUUUCAAUAUCACUGUGGGAAUAAAGUUCAGUUUUGCCAAAAGCUGCACUACUGUUAAAAUGGAAUAUGUCAUAUUUUGGCCACUUAUCACAGGGGCAGUGCAUACACCUUUAGGGUAUAUCAGAAGGUAAAGUGUUCCUUCUCUUGGAAACGUUUGCAGCUGUAUGUGUCACAGUUCUGAACAUUUUCACUACAUAGUCUUACAUUGCUUGUAUUCACUGGGUACUAGAGGAAAAAAACAUAUUUUAGAAAAAUACUUUUGAGUGGUUCAGUAAACUAUUUUUAAACAAUUUAAAUUUAAACAUUUAGCAUGAUUAAAAUUGUGCUCAAGCUUGAAUUGUACAGGAACAUUUGGGUGCAGAACAUUGCUGUCAGUACAGACCCUCAAUUUACAGACCCAGAGGCUAAUUUUAAAGGCUAAAGUACUGAAAAAAAGGUAGAAACAAAAAUGUUUUAAAGAUUAGCAUGUUCCUUCAGAAGGCCAAAAAUCAUGAGUACCAAUACUUGGAAAAAGUGACUUGUGCAGUCUAAGUCAAACGUUUUGAAAAGUAUGCUUGCCAUUUUUAAAUUAGCGGGUAGGUAUCACUUCCUAUAUAAUUAGUAUCUGCAUCAUAAAAAUGCCACAAGUUCUCUGUGAUAGUUGUCCAUGUAGCUAACUAUUGUACAUUAAAAAUAUAUUGAGUUAGUGGUUGUCUUUUUUAUUCAACCUUAUGUGAGGUCUUUGCAGCUGCUAAUUAUUCUAUUCUUAACAUUUUUGAUCUGUCUUUAGCAUGAACUGUCAUCUUCCUGUUCUUAUUUUCGUAAUAAUGAAGAGUAUGUGUUCCUGAACCACUUAGGCAGAGUCACACUUGGUUUUCUUUACCCAAAUUUUGUCUUCAUUGUCAACUCUGUGGCUUGCCAGACUAUAUGGUGAUAUUUGAUAGUUUAGUUUGGAAUUUAAAGCAAAGAAUAAUAUUUGCUUUCACGUUAUUUUUCCUGAUAUUGUUUUGCACACAGUACAAUUUUUCACUUAACUUGUCUUAGCAAAUCAUUUACACUUUGUAUACAGAGAGAUUUUUUUUUGCCUUGUGUAAUAAGUGUUUUGAAGUUGGACUGUUUUUGUCUUCAUUAUUCCACCUCGGAUGGUCUCAUUUAGAGAUCUACACUUGUUUAUUGUGCCUUUCUUUAGUGUUUCUUUGGUACUUUUGUGUAUAGUGCUUAUGCUAUUAAGCACUUAAAUAUUUUUACAUGCUUGUCAUAAUAUUUUAAAAGACAUAUGAAAAACUUAUAUUUACUCAUCAAUGAUAGAUCUGUUAAAAACUCUCCUCAAACCUUUUCCAACUAAACCUGCUGUUUCUGUUUAUGGUAUAACUGAAGGUUACGGUAUAGCACUGUUUUAGAGUCCUAUCAAGAAGCACGAUAGUUGUCUCAACGUUAUACUUAACAAUCAUUCUUAUACUCUUACAUGGUGUUCUUAAAUUAACUAUUGCUACCCCUGAUAUUUUGGGACGUGCACAGUUUUAUAUAUGUAGUUUAUAUUCUGCCUUUCAAGGACUGAUCACUAGAUAUUUAAAAAUCAAAUUCAUGCCGGAAUGUAGUAUCAUUUAAGAGUGUUGUAGUAUAACACUGAAAUACCAAUUAAUUCUAGACAAAUAGAACUGCUUUAGAAUGCUUACAUUUCAGGAGUGCAGUUAAAGGUGAAAAACAAGUCACGUUUACACAGAGUGACAUCUAUGAACAUAGAGGUUUGCAUGAGAUAGUAAGGAAGUGUGGCGUUCUAACUAGUGCCAGGUUUUGCCCGCUGUGCCACUCACACUCUGUUUUGCUCGCCAUUGCUGAAGGAGUAGAGAGUGCCAUUUUUGUCUUAGUAAUGUCUUGAAGAUGCCAGCAAUAGCUGUGACUGCCUGUGUGUGAGGAUACCUUGCGAGUGGUUGUCAGAUACUGAGCUAUGUUGUGCACGCAGUAGGAGCACCCUGAACGAUCUGCAAUGUCUCUUUCUUGCUCUGUUUUCCCUAGUGCUUGGUGGUGUGUUCACUGUUCUUGCUUUAAUUUAAAAGUGAAAUAAAUGUGUCAAUGCCUA